UUAAAUACAAACAUGUUGAUGUCCUUAUUUCUCUUUCCUUCACGCAAUCCACGUACAGGUAGUUCGAAAAGUUCCGAAGGUGGUGUGAAUUGUGAAUUAUCACGAGGCAGUGAAUUGCGUUCUAAAUGAAGAGCAUCGAAGUGAAUGUUUUGGAAAAAUUGAAACGAGCGAAACCGUUACACAGUUAAAGCACUCGAUUGUCGUAUUCGGGAUACUAUAUGGCAACAUCAACCGUACCGGAACAUCAUGAAACCGUAAAGAAACAUUUCUUUCUGGAUCAGAUUUCCAUGCACACCAGCAACCCAACCAACAGUUUCUGCAAAAAAUUCCAAGAUUUUUUCACCGCUCUCAACGAAGACUCGGACGACCUGGCCAACAUGCUGGAAGAUAAAUUGAUUCCCAGAAAGCAGCAGGAGACUUCGGAAUAUGACUCAAAGAGUAGACGAUGGAGUAAGAGGGCCUUUCAGAGGCGAAGCAGCGAGAUCGAAGUUCGCCUGCAUCGCACCUCUUUGACAGGAUUCCAAGGACAUUCGAGCGUUGAUAGCCAAAAAUCGCCAACUCCUUCCAGACGACGCAGCUCCAGCAUAGCGGUUGCCAGGCCAACUCCAGACUUGCACAGGUUUCUGCAAGCAGAAGCCGGCCCAUGGGGUCAUUUAACGCCUUCAUUGAAGAGUCCUACGAAAACACCAGCGAUAAGCCCUUUGACAGUUUCCUCCUCGUCUCAUUUGAAUCCACGGACGAGUCCAGGUGGUCCAAGUCCGACCAGUCCAGCUGGAUCAGUCAGCGGUUCAACGUUUACCGCCCGGAUGCCUGGGCCAAGGCAAUAUCGUGGAAGGACUAGUAGCAUGCCAGCAGUUCCACGGCACAGAACAAUGCUCGCUGAUACGAAAUGUGGCGGUGGUAGCGGUACUGAAGACGUUGAAACCGAGGACGGAGUGGAGUAUUACAGGCUGAGAUCGUUUUCCAUAACGGCAAAUGGUGUCUAUAACCUCGGUGAUUCGCUGAAAAGUCGUCGUAGCAAGAGUAUCAACAGCGUCACGUCUUCUGGGACUAGCUGCAGCAGCACUAGGGAGGCCAGGUUGCUCAGUUCGGCGUCGCAGAUCUCUGGCAUCGAGGCUGAGGAGUACACGAGUAAUGAACAAGUAGCCACUUACAAAGUUGGCAUGCUGGGUGCGUCGGGUGUUGGGAAAACCGCCCUUACAGCGCAAUUCACCACCAGUGAUUACAUUUGCGCCUACGACACUUCUCUCGACGAGGAGUACGGACAGAAAAAUGUUUCUGUGAUGCUGAAUGGCCAAGAAACGGAACUGGAAAUCAUAGACCAUCCCGCAGCGGAGAUAUCUGUCGAAACGUUCUGUUCAACGUACAACCCGGACGUUUACGUGGUAGUUUACUCGGUAGUAGAUAGACGUAGCUUAAAAAUUGCCGAGGAGACGUUAUUGUAUCUAUGGAAGAGCGAUUACAUGGCCUGUCAUGGUGUAAUUCUCGUUGGGAACAAAGUAGAUCUCGAACGGAAACGUCAAGUUCCAUCUGUUGUUGGCCGACGUUUGGCGAACAAUUGCGGAUGCAAGUUCAUCGAAACCUCUUCAGGGCUGGCUCAUCACGUGGACGAGCUAUUAGUAGGCAUAUUGGCGCAGAUCAAGCUGAAUCCUCAACGAGAUCGGGAACAGGCGACCAAAAGAAAGAGGAGCAAACAUCGUAGGAAGAUCUUGAAGCACCUAUUGGGCUUUAAGAGAAAAACGAAAAGCUGCGAGGACCUAUUUGUGCUCUAACAUCCCCUCCUCCACCAACUCGUAAAGUAGCAUAAAGAUUAAGCUUACUAUCAAGCUUAAGAUUAAGCUAAAAGGAAGCGGGGCGGGAUAGUGGAAGCCUGAAACACAUUAAUGUAAGAUGUAUGUCAAUGCAAAAGUGCAGAUAGCAACGAAACGCUGUGAAAUAUGAAAGUAGAAAGUGUUGUAAGAAUAGAAGAAAGGAGAAAGAAAAAUAUUUUUAUCAAAGGAAUUGGAUAAGUGAGUUUGUACAUUCUGAACAGUCUAUUUGAAUAAAUUCAAUACCGUAGAGAAUUUGCUUCAAAAGGUGAAUCGAAAAGUGUUGAAGAUGUAGGAAGAAAGCAAAUAUACGAUAUUUUUUCCAUUUUGAAUAUGUC